AACUGUACAUAAGUUCGGCCCAAAAUUUCCGUCUUCCUAACCGGGAGCAGAAAACUAUGUUUUGGUAAUCGGCAGACAGUAUUCAAACAUUUUUUUAUCUAGUUUGGUGAGCGGGCUUUUUAAAUUUCGUAUGCCUUUAAAACCGAGCAGCCUGUCGUCGAAACGUUCAUUGACUAUUGUUAUUCCUGUGAAGCACAGCCUGCUUUGUUUCCAGUCUCCCCAUGCAGUCAUCAUGCGAAUAAAAUGUCGUUAUCAUCGAAAAAAUUAGAUACACUCUUUGAUCGAUUGUUUACGUUAGUAACAUAUACGCAACAACCAGACACACGCUACUGCCAGCUGGCAAUAGAUGGGAUACAAAUACUAAAAAACGUUGCUGGUCUCCAAUAGUGAGGACACACGCAUGUCAAUUGUGCCGGUGUGUGACUUGUUGUGAAGCCUUGCAUUCUGUCGAUUUUACACGGUCAGUCGGUGAGCGAAGAGGGUGUCACAACCGAUCGCCGGCAGUUCGCCGUGUAUAUGUAUGUGUGUUGUUUGGCUAGGGCAUCCUGUAUGUGACUAAGUUAGUGUCGGCAGCAAGGCCGUCCGCAUGCGUACGAGUGCGCCUCCCCAGUGCUGGUGCCGUGUCGUAUCAUUUCGAUAAAGCCCCUGUACCGAACAAACGCCGUAAGAGGUGUUCGUGCUACUCGGUGAAUAGCGCGCAUUGCGCUUGUUUCCCUCUUAUAAAACGUCUAUGUACGAGUGAAUGCGUGAAACCGAGUGAUUCAGUUAAGAACCACUUCAAUUGGUCGAUAGGCCCUAGGUCGUUCUGAUUUGAAGACGACAUUCGGCCAGCACUUAAGUCACGACGUUACAGCCACAUACCAUUACGACGACUGCCAUUAAACCAUUGUUGACAGUAGUAGUUUGUUCCACACGAAACAAACAAAUAAAAAAAACAAAGAAAACGACGCAAUGUCCAUGUUAUCAGGAGUUGGAGGCCCCAGCAGCACCAGCAAUAACAACGGCGGUGGCGGUUUCGGCUCAGCCGAGUUCGAAGAUGAUCUCCUCGUGUUUGGUUACGCGUGCAAGGUGUAUCGCGAUGACGCCCGGGCGCUCCAGGCUGAGAAGGCACUCAUCCCCUGGAUGGGCGAUGAGCUUAUCACCAUCGACCGGUACGACGGUCGAGGUCACCUGAGUUCGCUCGAGGAGUUUGAGCCCCGUCAAGGCGUCUGGGAGGAGCACUUCGGCUCGCUUGAUCCUGAGGAGGCCGCUGAGGAGCAAAUGGCGGAGGAAGAACGCUGGCUUUCACUCAACGAGUAUGAAGAGGAAACGAGAGAAGAGAUUCUAAAACGGGCAGCGGCUCCAGCCGAAAACUUUGCUGAAAUCGGGUUCAACUAUGAUAAUUACGAUAGUCAGGACAGCGGCGAUCGAAAGGAUGACACUGUUGGCGUUGAAAAUCGACCUGAUGAUUUUGUCGACCCAGAUGACAAACCAUACAAAGUGCCCAAAGGGCUUACGUUGCCAGUAACUGUACCGAGGCCCGAAACCCGCCGCGAACACACAAUCAUCGAAAAAACUGCACAGUUCAUUGCCCGUCAAGGUGGACAGCUUGAAGUGGUGAUUCGAGUAAAGCAAAAGAACAAUGCCCAGUUUGCUUUUCUUGAUAUAGAACACCCUCUCAACCUAUAUUAUCGCUACCUCGUACAACAAAUUAAGAGUGGAGCCUAUAGGCCUGCAGUGCAGGAUGAUAAUGAAUCAGGCAGUGACUCCGAUUCCGAUUUUGACGGCGGUUACCUUCAUCCGUCAUUGUUCGCCUCGAAAGGCAGCUCUUCCAAGUCUUCGGGACCACCUGAGGCUCUAAAAAACAUUUUCAAGGCGCAAGCGUCUAAAACGAAAGGUACUUGCGCCUACUCACAGUUAAUUGACAAAAUUCGGCCCAGCAUUGAGCUGGAUCAGGAAGCGAGCAAUGGACCCACAGCAGUUGAGAACGUUGGCAGUGUAGAGAGUGCCAGCAAUGGAGAUUCAAAUGGAACCCCUGCGCGAGAAGAGCUUGCUGACACAGAGAUUGUUUCUGGAACUGGUAUUGCAGAAGACACCACUCCUCAGGGUGAUUCUGCCGGGGCAGACUCAGUAGUUGUUGGCUUCGAGGCGCUUGUUGCCGUGAUGCCUCCGCCACCUGACGUACAACCAAUCGUAGAUAAAAUGGCGGAGUAUGUAGCAAAAAAUGGGCUCGACUUUGAGGAAUCUAUUAGAGCUAAAGGCGAUCCAAAGUUCAGCUUCGUCGAUCUCGGAAAUGAAUUCUAUGAGUAUUAUCAAUUUAAGGUCAAAGAAUUCAGUCUGACUUUGAAUGAAAGUACUGGUAAAGCUAGUGCAAAAAGCGAUCAAGAGACGACAGCGCUGCCGGUCUCAACCGACAAACCUGUAAAGGUGAGCAAAUCUCCGAAUGCCCUUGAAAGAAUCGCUCUUGAGAACUCCCUACAUACGUCACCGGAGCGAACGCCAAAGGAACGGCGGGUGGAAAAGAAAAAGAUGAAGAUCAGCCUGAAGUGUCAGGAAAACGGCGGCGACAAAAAGAAGGAACAGACAAGCUCUGGUGUGUCAACAGCGCCAUCUAACGGAGAAACAACUAGCAUGAUUGGUCCCUUAUUGCCCUCGCUAUAUGACGACGAGGACGUUGAGGUUCGGGAAGACAUUCUUGAAGAACUAUCGAAAGCCGAAAAGAGGGCUUUAUUAACUGCUGUAGUAAAUAAUACCAAUCGAAAAACAGAAAACAUCGCGGACGAUAAAAAAGGCGAUACAGGGGACAUGUCGAAAGAGAGGCGACAAAGCGAAAGCGUUGAAAAAAGGAAAAAUACCGAUAAGGACAAGUCGAGAGAUAAAAGUCAUCAUAAAGGAGAACGAAGUCGAAAUGAUGAAAAAUACCAGAGAAGCAGCCGGGAACGACAGCGUGAGAGGGGUGAUAAAAGUCGGGAGAAGGACAAAAGGCGUUGUAUCGAUGAAGUAUCGCCCGAUGCACACAAUACGGACACUAGCAAUUUAAGUCGAAUGAAAAAUGGUGGGAGUGGAUCCAGCCGAUCGGAAAGGGGUGACGGAGACGAUGAACUAAAAAGAAAGCAAUUAGAAAGAAAGAAAAAGCUAGCUGCGUUCUUGACGAUGGUAAAAGAGAAGGAUGGCGCAGGUUACAGCGACAAGAAAGAGGAUAUGGUACAGACUGACCUAAAAGCGAAAAUUCGACAUCUUAAACGAGCUAUGGCAGAUUCUGAUGAAGAGCCAGCUUUAGGUGAAGCUGACUCACGGAGACCGCCUGACGAGCGGGUGGUCAAAGUACCUGUUAUUAAGGUUUCAAAAGAGAAGGAAGAGCCACGACAUGCAAAAAUGAAUUUAAAGAAACUUCGAAAAGAAACCCUGGAAGAAGGAGAACUCGUGGAAAAUAGAACCUAUGAUAGUGGUGAUGACUCCUAUGAGCGACGUCGCCGAAGAUCGCGUGACAGAAAACGUAGAAUAUCGUCAUCAUCGAAAAGUCGAUCAUCUUCCUCCGACCGCGAGUACAGUCGAAGCCGAAGGCGACACCAUAAACAUCACAAAAGUAAAUCAUCGCGGAGGAAUCGCGACUAAAAACCAAAACACGCAUCAUAUAAACCUGGGAACACAUUGACCAACACUUAUACAAGCAAUGUCCAGAAGCGCAUCGUAUUGUAUAUAUGCAUACAUAAUUUAUUGAGAAACACUGUGUAUGAUGGCAGUGAUAUUGUUGUAAAUGUUAUGUAAUAAAGAAUACUUUAUUAAAACAGAAGUGAAUUCGACUUGUUUUAGUAAUCAUAAACUAAACAGGAGCAUUAAGUGUGGAAAAUUCGUUAUAACAUUGACAAAAGAUACUGUCAGUUAUAAAGCCUGCUAAUUGAGAUAAAUCAUAACACUAUAUCAAACGCAAAUAUACCUUUCAGCAUAUGACGUUGUUUUAAAAAACAAAUUCGGUUGUUGUCCGUUGAAAUACAUUAUUUAGUCAUAGAGCUUUCCCACAAUAGAUACAAUUUAAUUUACAAUUAAUUGCGAACUGCAGAGCGGGACUAUGUUUUUUUCACAUGCUUAUAAAUACUUAACUUUAUUUACAUCAAAUAUUGAUAAAUCAAGGAAAUGUGCAAGCUUUAUGCUGGCACACAGGUCUUCGUAUAAAUGGUGAUAAAUGCAAAAUCAUUUGUCAUGUUGUACACGGGUAUGCGACCCUACAAAUUUUAUGGUAAAUCUGA